CAGCUGACCUGACAGGCAGAAACCUGUGUUUCCUUCCCUGCCUGUUCCCAGAGGACCUGAUAGGCCUUGCAUAGUCUUCUGAACACUCCUCCCCACUGCGUGAGCUACCUCCAGGACAGCCGUAGGAAGAGGAAUUGGUCUAUAGGAUGUCCAGUGAAAUUGGAGAAGAUACCAUGGUGAAGGAUUCUGCUUCCUCUGACAGGGAACUCAUUGAACAUAAUGACAUGGAAGACAUCAACUUGCACACAGUGGAGUCUAUUAGUGAUCUGCACUAUGCCUCCAUCAGAAGUGAGGACACCAAGACUUCUGAAGGAAGCAGCCAGUCACAGCCCAUCACUCCAUGGCCUCCACAUAGGGCUUCCUCCAAGCAUGUCUCUUUCCCAAAUGAGGAUGACUCUGCCUUUCCCCCAGUCCAAAAUUUCCACCUUCUCCCUGAUUUUACCUGCUGCCCUUGUUUCAGACCUGCUUGUUGCCCCACUGCCUUCUUCGCUCUCCUUGGAGUGCUCGUUAUGGCUAGUCUUGGUUUAGCUACAUUGGCUGUGUACCUGAGUGUCUUACAGCGUGAGUCACUCCGCGCUCUUGCCCAGUGGCUGGAGUCCCAAGAGGAGGCCAUCCGGCAAAUGAGAGCAGUGAGCUUGCAGCUAUGGAGGCAGCUAAAUGCCAGUGAGCUUGGGGUUCAAACCUGAGCCAAAGAGUCUCAUCUCUCCCACCCUCUCUUUUGGAGAAGCUUAGUUCCAGAGCUUUAGAAGAGUGGAAGCCAAUUCAUUGCUUUGCCAGUUUUAAGAAAAUGGUACGCGGUGGGUGGCUUGGACAAUCUGAUCACUAAAGCAAAAAGGAGUCCUAGAGAAGCACGGAUGAGUCUUCCAGCUGCUGCAAUCUGUAGGACAAAUGGAUUACAGGCCCACUUGAGAUUGCCAGGCAGGACACGGUGGGGCUGACAGAGAUCUGACCAAGAAGUAAAAAGAAUGGGGUUCCUAUGAAGCAGGCUUCCAGCAGCAUCACACUUGCUUUGUUUUUCAUUGAUCACAGUAUUUUAAGAGAUACUAUGAGCACCUUUUUCAAAAUGCACUACUCAACUUGAUAUGUAUUUUUUAAAAAAUGUUGCACCUGGGGAUGUGUUUGAAGAGUUAUAAUAAAAAACCCUAGGCUUCUUUGA